AUGAGAACUUUAUCCCCCCUCCUCGCUCUUGGCCUCUACACAGCCCAAGCACUUUCCAAUCCAACACCCCACUCGAAAUCCGACACCAACACCAACAACAAAAAUGACUACAUUGAUUGGCGCACCUUCCACGCUCACGGAGUCAACCUCGGCGGCUGGCUAGAACAAGAAUCAACCAUAGACACCUACUGGUGGGCUAAAGAAUGCGCCGGCGCCACAACCCUCUGCGACCUCGGCGAAUGGGGUCUAUGCCAACACCUAGGCGCCCAAUGUGGACCCGUCCUCGAACACAGAUAUGCAACCUACAUCACAACGGAAGAUAUCGACAAAUUUGCCAGCGCCGGCGUCACGAUCCUUCGUAUCCCAACAACCUACGCUGCAUGGAUUGAUCUACCCGGAUCCGAACUCUAUCAUGGAAACCAACGCACAUACAUCCACCGCAUCGCAACCUAUGCUAUUGAAAAACACAAUAUGCAUAUCCUUGUUGAUAUCCACUCUUUACCUGGUGGAACUAAUGGGUUGGAUAUCGGUGAAGCUACCGGUCAUUGGGGAUGGUGGUGGAAUCAAACGGCGCUAGAUUGGUCCCUUCGCGCCGUGGAUGCGUUGAUUGAUUUCGUUCAGGAAUCUGGUCAUCCAGAAAGCUACAGUAUUGAACCUAUCAAUGAGCCGGCUGAUAAUACUGAUUUUGCGGAUUUCGGAACUGCCGCUGCGUUAUCUGAUCACGGUGCUGAGUGGUUAUCUGGGUAUAUUCAUAAGGUCAUUGAACGGGUGAAGAAGGUGAAUCAUCGCAUUCCUGUUAUGUUUCAGGGAUCUUUCAAGACGGAGGAGUAUUGGUCUCCUUUCUUUGAGGAGGGGACGAAUCUCGUCUUUGAUCUGCAUCAUUAUUAUUAUCAGUAUGAUAAUUCUACUUCGGAGAAUAUUAUGGAGUUUCUUUGCAAGGAUGCAAAGGCUAGUAAGGGGGAUGGAAAGUUUCCUACUUUUGUUGGUGAGUGGUCGAUUCAGACGGGGGCUAAUAACUCUUUGGGGUUGAGGGGGAAGAAUGUGAGAGAGGGGAUUGAGGCUUGGGGGUCUUUUACGAGGGGGAGUUCCUAUUGGACUGGGAAGUAUUUGAGUAAUGCUACUGUUGAGGGGGAGGGGGAGAUGGGGGAUUAUUGGAAUUAUGAAGGUUUUAUUGAUAAUGGGUAUUUUGGGGCUCAUGUUGAAGUGAAGGAUGUUUGUUCUUAG